AUGGAAGACGAGAGCGAGCGGGAGCUUGGGCCGCUCGCGGCGCUCAAAGAGGUUGCUAGGCGGAUCAAGGAUGCCGUCGUCGACGAUGAGCCGGCUUCGACACUGCUUUCCUUGCUACUGCCUUUGCGAAAGGUUGUGGUAAGUCAUCACCUCCUUCUACAGACCAGUAUUGGGUUGGCAAUCAACAGGGUACGGUGCUUCUAUAAGGACCCUGCAGUCGGAGAAGUAGUCGACGAGUUACGCGCGAAGUGGCACGCGGAAUCGAAGGCGACACGGUCUCUCGUCGCGGCUGAGGAUGCAGGCCAAGGCGUACCCUUGAUUCGAAGUGUACCUCAAGAGGCCUCCCGUUGGAUCUAUGAGGCUGUCGACGACUCCGUCAAUGAGUCGACGGCAGGAGGUGUUCAGAUUGCGCGCAGGGGAUCGCCAGUUUUGGGCACGAGGACCGUUGUUUGGGAGAGGGAGCGUCUCGAGAUUGCGGGAUAUUUACGAACCGUAGAGGAAAUGGUGAAGGAAAUUAGGAAGUUCCUGGGGUUUGCGGUGAAUCCCCCUUUACCGAUAGGCGACCUGUCCGAGAUGCCUCUGGCGGAUGAAAAGAUCCGGAAAUCUCCUGCGGAAGCCAUGCCGGCGCUGCAGAGUGCAUUGGCGACAUUUACUGACGGCGAGAGGACGAACUUGCUCGCGGAUACACACAGAGGCCCUCGUUCGGCAACGUACACUGCCGAAGACAGCCGCAGGAUUGCCGCCGGCAUGGCUUCUGCCGUGAAGAAGGCGAUGGAAAGCAUUAUAUCGCGUGUUCACCACGCUCAAGGACUGACGCGCGUGGAUGUGGAUGCUCAAGAGCGGUCGAUUAGCCCUGAUCGGAGUAGGUUGCAUGCCGCUGAGGGUCUGGAUUUCCAUUAUUUUGGAGCAGAACCAGUCCAAGAGCAGGAAGUUGACAUAUCGACGGCCGAGCUCAAGGAGACGGCGGACGGUAAGGAACCGAUACCUUUGACCAUAGCCCUGCAGAAGUUCUGGUCCGAUGUGGAGAAACAGUUCAACACCGGCAUAGGUGUAGGUCGGGACGAUGUUCAAGGUCGUUUGACGAUCAAGCUAGAACACUCCGACUGCUCUCCAGAAGAAAUCCACGUCAAGGCCGCGGAGGUGGAUGAGCCCAAAGAUCCGCAGACUUAA